GAAAACCGAGGCUAUGGAUGAAGCAGCUGGUUUUUGCCUCCGAAAGCAGGACGUUAUUAGUUGCAUGUUCUCAUCUUGGUAUCGCAAGUUGAAGCAUUUGACAAUGGAGAGCGUCAUUAUCCCUCUACCACCAGAGUUCAUUCACUAUCUUAACUCUGAUGGAAUUGUAUUGCCAUCUGGCCACUUUGAAACGAAAGGCAAACGCGAGGAAACGGAAGACGACAGUUGGGAUUCGUCAUCAGAUGGCGAGACUACACACAACACAGUGUGGGAGCAACCACAAUUUGCUGCACUUCAUAAGAAAAUCCAGCAAACGAUUGAUUAUCUUGGAGGCAUCGUGUUUCCCAAACUCAACUGGAGCUCUCCAUUAGAUGCCAAAUGGAUCAGCUCGAAUGGCACGUUGCAGUGUUGUAGACCGAGUGAUAUUUAUCUGCUGCUGAAAAGCUCCAACCGCGUUGCUCACGACCUUUCCAAAGCGUUCAGGAGCUGCACAGACUAUGAUCAAUGUGAUGAACCUCCUGGAGGAUUCCAGCUGGUGCUGAGGCAGUGGGUAGAUAUCAUUCCUGGCAUGGAAUUCAGAUGUUUCGUUAAAGACAGCAUGUUGAUUGCCGUGUGUCAACGAGAUUACACAACGUUUUAUAAUCAUCUCGUUCUUCAUCAAGAUGAACUGAUGAUUGAGAUCGAAGAAUAUUAUAGAAGGCACAUUUUAUCUAAGUUUUCACUUAGACACUAUGUAUUUGAUAUUUAUAGGAAUUAUCGAAACUCUUACAUGCUAAUCGACUUCAAUCCAUUCAGUAGCAUCACAGAGCCACUGCUCUUUACAUGGGAAGAACUGACCGACAUCCUCACACCAGAGUCCACAGAUCCUCAACAUCCAAUGUUUCGAUUUCUAACAAGCGACGCAGGAAUCCAACCAAACAAAGAUGCAUACUCCAGACUACCCAUCGAUGUUGUUGAUCUGUCAACAGGAGAAGACAUUGCAAAGUUUAUCGAUCUCUUCAAGAAGGAAACAUGGCAACAAGACGACAACUCAGACGAUGAAGCAAGUGAACAGGCUGCGACACUACAAUAGACAUGAUACAAAAAUAUCGAACGUGUCAUAUCACUACAGGUCGGUCAGUCAGUCAGUCUUCCUGCUAUGAGUGACUGUAAUCGUGGCUCAUCCAAACGUAUUAGUCAUAAUGCUUAGUAAGAGCUUUUAUAUGUAAUUUGUGUUGUGGACCUAAAAUAGUCUGUUAAUCAGUUUAGUAGGCUUUGCAUCAAGAAAAUACAUAGUGAAAGGACACUAAAGGUAGACAGUGAGUCUUGGGUUGGGCUGGACUGUUGUUUCUGAGUAAUCAAAGACUUAUAUGGUUCCGAGUUCCAAGUAACAGUCUAAUGUAAUUAUUAAGAUGGAUGAUC